AUGAGACCCUAUGAGAACAAUGCAAUGGUAGACCCCGGUGUGUCUGGACCUGUGAGUAGCCAUAUGGCAUCUACGAAUGUAGCCGCUGACCAAUUUCAGACUAAAAUGGAUCCCAAUGAGAUCAGACAGAACGACAUCCCCAAGGAUCAGCCCACGUUGGUCCGAUGGUACAUCGACGUCAGACGUUGGGAUGAAAAAUACUUGGAUCUUCCUUUUCUUGAAACCUUAACCCAGUCUGAUCAGAUAGCCGUCAAGAAGUACUAUCAAACUUCGGACAAGCGUCUGUCCUUGGCCUCCCAGCUCCUGAAAUAUUACUAUGUUCACCAAGCCACUGGCACUCCCUGGAAUAAGGUUGAGAUUCAGCGUACUCCCAUGCCCGAGAAUCGCCCAUUUUACGACUCAAGUCUUGAUUUCAACGUCAGCCAUCAGGCUGGCCUCACUCUGUUCGCAGGCACGCGUGCCGCAACAGCCCACACCUUAUCCGGUGGGCCCCAAGGAUUGCCUCGCGUGGGAAUUGAUAUUGCCUGUGUUGAUGAACCCUCUCGUCGUCGUGCUAACCGUCCUCCGAAGACACUUGCCGACCUCGCAACUUUCGUGGAAGUCUUCAGUGAUGUUCUCUCACUCCGUGAGCUUGCGACCAUCAAGAACCCGUACGCGACUCUUAAAUUGGCUCGGGAGCUUGGUCUGAAUAAAAGUGACCCGAGAAAAGACAAGGAGGAAGUUCUUGCUGCCUAUGGCAUUCGGCUGUUCUAUUCGAUUUGGGCUCUUAAGGAGGCUUACUUGAAAAUGACUGGAGACGGCCUUCUAGCCUCUUGGAUAAAGGAUCUAGAAUUCACAAACGUCGUUCCCCCCGAACCCGUUCAGGAUAUCGGAUUUGCUGGUCACAAUCUCGCUUCUUCCACUCUUAUUGUGCCCUCAGUCCAGAAUUGGGGCCGGCCUUACUCCGAUGUCAAAGUAUCCUUACGUGGCGUUCCCGACCAUUCUGUGCGCGUGCAGCUCGUCGGCUUCGAGUCUGACUACAUAGUUGCCACAGCCGCGUCGGGCUCCAACAUCGGAUCCGUUUCACAGCAGGUAGUCGUGAAUGACAGCGGUCACCGCCCACCCGCAUAUAUCCCAGCCCUCAACCCUGAGAAUGGAUCUCAGAAUGUCCGCAUUUCCCCCCUCGCACUUCGAUCAAUAGGUGAUCGGGAUCCCUGGCGCGUGGGCUCGGAAAUCAGCGACCCCUGGUUGCCGAUGCAGGAGGUCGAUAUUGAAAUCGAUAUACGGCCCUGUGUCGAGGGCCGCUGUGAGCACCUGCGGAAUUUACAAAGCUUCUGA